AUGACGUACAACCCGUCAUCUACGCUCCAAGUAGACAUACGCCUUUUCGGACGGAUAAUCACUGACAAAGAGGGUGUGGUGGUCACUACGGUUUUCAUUGUUUUUUUUUACGCCCUGCUCGAACGGUUCCUACGGUAUGGACCAGUGGGCGUGAAGAAGGGCAAGAAAAUGCGCAGAAACGUGUGGAACCCCUCCUACGAGGACCGUGAGAUCUCUGUUGAAAAUCUCGUCCUCGAAUUUCGCUCGGCUCAGACAGGGCCACCAUUCCCCCCGAUAAUAUCGGAUACCAAGCGUGGGCGAGGAAACAUCAAGGCAGACGUCAGUCGAGUGGUGAGCAGAUAG